AUGGCAUUCCAGCUCGGCGAGCCACAUGCACAAAAAGUGGUGUGGACGCGCGCGAACAUCGGGAAGGCGCUCAAGAAGACCAAGCCGACGCCGCCGGGCAUCGACCUCUUUGCGCCCGACGAGACCGCGCCACCGCCAGUCGCCAGCAUCAAUAAGUACACAGACAAAGUCAUCGCGCUCGGCGGUGCGCUGAGCCCGGUCCACUACCAGAUAGGCCGACGCAAGCCGCCCUUUCAGCCUUCGAGCGCCGACCCAGACUCGGCUUUCUCCCACGUGCCGACGCUGACGGGCAACCCGUGGGCUGUCUGGAAGGUCACCAACACGGGCAAUGGCAAGCUCGCGCUAAAGCCGAUUCCGGGAGCUAACUGGCGCGCUGCAACAGCUGUGCCCCGGGCGCCGCUGGACGUGCGUUGA